AUGUCUGAUUCAGUAGCUCCCAGUGGCAAGGGGGAUAGUAUUGCAGUGGAAUCUGGUUCUCACGACGAUUCAAGCUCCCCAAUACAGAAUGGUACACUAAAAUCGAAAGCGAAUCAGAUCCAAUUGACUUUCGGUGAUUUCAAUAACAUCAAAUCUACUUCGAAGUCACCAGAAGGGUUGCUGAAACAUGCGGGCGAAGUUUUGGAGUUCAAUCGCCGAAGAUCCACGAGGGUGGUCCCCAAACGCCCAGUAGAGAUCGACGAAGACGACAUACCUCGAAGCACACCUAGGAAGAAGAAAAAGCCGGCCAGCAAGAGUAAGGAGCAGAAUAUAAAUCGUGAAGCUGUUCGCGAUAGAAUUAAAAAAAAACAAAGCUCUGUUGGCAACCCGGACCCUCUACUCGCCGAAGAAAACUGGUGUCCCAAUGUUCCAUUGGCUUCUGCCGAUUUCAAAAAUCAUCACAGUAUUGUGUCGCGGUUCCGCUCUCCAAACUUAAAGUCUGUGCCUUAUGCCAAGGAAAUUCUCCCAAUCAUGACUUUUGUGAAUAAGUUCAGCUCUUUUCUCCCAGAGGAGCUAUGGUCUUUAUCCUUCCAGGACUUUGAACUGGGGCUUGACUUAUACCCAGAGGCUGACAAAGAAUUAACUCGUAAACUUUAUCAGGAUUAUAUGCCGAUCAAGGUAGUGAUAGAAUCUCAAGACAAAAUGAAUCUGUUGUUCUUGGUAUUAUUGAAGCUAGCCCUCAAUAACAACAGUGUAACCACUAUCGAGUCAAUAAGAGAACCAAAGGCGUACUCAAAAUUCUUGAGUCAAUUGCGCACAAAUGCAUGGACCUGGGGUUAUCCUAAGCAGUGGAAAGUCUUGGUCGGAGAAUCACCUAGUAAGGUCUUUAUUGAUGAUGAAACUGAGCCGGUAGACCCGAAUCAACAAGAAAUUUUGACUCCAAAUAUUGUUACGUGGCCCAGACACUAUGCUCUCGAUGCCGAUCCAUUGCUAAACCCCGAUCUGGAGAAACGUGGCAUACUAGCACUCGAGCCCAAAGAUAGAAUAAUUCUGUUGAAAUCAUUGGUUCAAUGGGUUUUGGCCCAAUCAGAUAAAAUUCAUCAAGAAAUUUAUCGUCUCACUCACUUAAGAAGGGACGAGCCCUACGGGGUUCCGACUUAUCACGUUUCCAGACUUUUUGCUGACGGUGAGGUAGCUACCAAAGCUCGGUUCAAAAGGUUAUGUGAUCUGAUUGAAUCCAGGCUGGAAAUCAAGAGCGGUAAAAAGCACAUCAAAAAAGAACUAGAAAAUGGUAAGAGAAACGAGCUUUCCCAGAAACUGAAGAUUAUAUCUAACAUCUAUCACGAAAGGGACACUGUAAAAAUUACCGAAGACGCUAAUCCGGAGGUUCCUAUUGAUGAGUUUGACCGAGAAUAUGAGGACUGGUGUGAUGUACUUGAGGGUGAGCUUCCCGAUCAUCCUAUGUCGUCCCCUUUUGGCGACGAGAUCUUCAAACUAAGAUCCCUGGAGUUUUUUAUUGGGCGGGUGCCUCACGUUGGUGACUUUUAUUUGCCAAGACUGCACACUUAUCAAAAAGGUAAGAGAUCCCUCAUUCCGACAACCUACACUGAUCCCAAGGCAAUGAACAAAACCCUUGAGGUCUUUGCCAAGAAGGAAGUAGACGCUUUCAAGUUGUUUACAGAUAAUGGAAAGAAUAUGAGCAAUCGUUUCAAGGUGUUUUACCACGAUUCUCCUAGCAUGAUCAGGGAUGUGGCAAACCAAGUCGAUACAACAAACAAAACGUAUUGGUAUGAAGUUUGUAAUAAUUGCGCAACUCUCCGCGAUUUCAUCACCCUUCUUGACUAUAAACUAAGCAUUUUAGAGACCCCUGGGAACGAACCAGCUAAUAAAGGUACCAUGAACAAGAACCCGCUCCCUAAAGAAUCGAAAUUCAAUGCUUCCCGUGAGAAGCUGAGUGCCAUCAAAGAUUAUCUGUGCAAGCUGCUACCUUUUUUAGAAACCUUUGAAGAACUUUACGAAAAGUAUGACGAUAUGGUGGCCAGUGUGAGAACUUUGAGAAGAUCUCAUAGAACCAGGGCACAUUCCAAAGAAGAAGCUGUUUCCGAUGAUGAGCUUUCAGAAGGAGCAGCGCCAGUUGAUGACAGCCAGGAGGAUAAAGAUGCCGAAGAUUCUGGUCUGGAUUACGAUGAGGAUUCGCAAGAUGAAAUCGUUAACGAGGAGUAUGAUAAUGAGAGCGCUGACGGUGACGAAACUUAUACCCAAAGUGGUUACAGGGCUAGCCCCAACACCCGUAGGACUCGCGCAAAGCCGGAAGAUAAUUCGGAUAUCCCCAAGACUUCUCGGGGAGUCACCAGGGGAAGAGGGCGUGGUAGAGGCCGUGGCCGUGGCCGCGGAAGAGGACGUGGCCGUGGCCGCGGAAGAGGACGUGGCCGUGGCAGAGGGAGAGCUAGAGGAAAGUUUUAG